AUGGCACAUGGCACUAUACUAAGUUCAUCUCAAUGUCCUAGCAAAAAGGUUGAGCUAGACAAGAUGAAAGAUAUUCCAUAUGCUUCUACAAUUGGAUCCAUCAUGUAUGUUAUGAAUUGUGCAAGACCUGAUCUUGCUUAUGCUAUGAGCAUGGAUUUGUUUCUCGUCCAUGGAGGCGUGGAAAAAAGCUUAAGUGUAAGGUGCUACACUGAUGCUUCUUUCACAACUGAUCGAGAUGAUUGCAAAUCACAAUCAGGAUCUGUGUUCAUUAUCAAUGGGGCUGUGGUAUCUUGGAAAAUCUCCAAGAAAAGUGUUGUUGCACAAUCUACUAGAGAGUCAGAAUACAUUGCUGCUUCUGAAGCUGCACAAGAGGCUGUCUAG